UAAAAAAAGAGACACCGCAGAAUACAAUUUUACCGUCGCUGCGCUUCCAUCGUCGCCGGUGAACUGAUAAUUUUUCCGAGAUGGAGGAAGAGAUGACGAAUCGUCGAGUAUCGAAUCGGACUCGUAAGGUUGCUACGAAGAUGGCGGCGGCUCUUACAAGCAAUGACAAUCGUACUCAGGCUGCUAUAGCUCGGCUAGAGGCUUUAGAGAACGACAAUGGUGCUAUUGAAGUGGUAGAUGUGAACGAUGAUGAAGAAGCUUCUCUUGAUGAAGACGAUGAUCUUGGUUACGUACAGAAGAAGCAACACAAAGGAUCAAAGCGUAAAACUCGACAAGCUAAAGCUUUAGAAGCUCGUAGAGCUCCUAAAUCUUUCCUUGAGCUUUUGCAGGAGGCAAAUUUGGAGUCUUUACCGGCGCAUGUUCCGACUUACUUGAAAGCAGCCGUUGGACCUUCGAGCUCGUCUUCUCGUCGCCAUUUCUGCUCGGUUUGUGGUUACAUUGCAGGCUACAAUUGUUGUUUAUGUGGGAUGAGGUUUUGUUCUGUUCGUUGCCAAAACAUUCACAAGGAUACUCGUUGUCAGAAAUUUGUUGCAUAGGAAAGAGUGAAGAUCAAUGUAACAUAAGUUUUCGAAGUGUAUUUGAAAUGUCGAUCAAUCAAUAUCCUUGUUCUGUCUUAAAGUGGAAAUAGCAAAGAGAAGCAGCGCUCUUUCUCUAAAGUGUUAAUAUGAUAAAAUAUCAAACAUGGGACAAUUGCUGCUUGAGUGUUUCCGGUAGCUUUCCCUUAGAUUUACAGUUCUGAAGAAACUCAUGUAGGACUCUCUGUUGCAUUAUGACUGUUUUACGUGCCGUAUCUGCUGUCAUCCACGAUUUCAUUGCCUCAAAGAUGUGAUUUCUAACCUCCAAUUCUUCGCUGGAUGCAAUGAAACUCUCUAGAACCUGUGCUGGUCCUUCUGUUUCGUCUUCAUUUUUCUUUAGAGUUGACAGGAACAACACUUUGUGGAGCAAAGAAGUGUUGCAUUGGAGAAAUACUUGCGCAGGCUAUGUUCACACCCUCCUAUCAGGAACAAUGAUGAGUUGAAAGUGUUUAUUCAGGUGCAAGGGAAUUUGCCGCUACCAAUGAGCACUGAUGUGGCCUCUAGGAUGUUGGAUAUUAUGGUUGUUUGGUGACAGCGGAGCCUCCGCCAGUCUAGUGCAUGAGGUAAUUCAACCUGCCAGAGGAGAUACGGAUUCAAGGAGUUGAGGCAACCAGAUUCUAAUGACUGGGAUGGAACAAACCAUCUUGGUGACCAGUUGUUGAAAACGAUGAAGAAUUUUUGGAAAAGAAGGAAAAGAUGCAUGAUCUUGAGCUUUGAAUUAUCAAUGACUCACCAAGAGGCAGAAUCCCUUGUGAAGGCACAUCAAGACAUGGGGGAAACCAUAGGUGAACUGGGAUUAGCAUUAUUCUGCAGCACAUUACCAUUAAAAGGUUGGAUACGCAGAGAAACUGGGAAAGGGCAAAGGUUGUAGAAGAAACCAGCCAAUACGAUAGAGAGAAGAGAAGACAAACACGUAAAAAGAGUGAGUGAAUGAUUUUCUUUUGGCAGAUAACCAUUAUUUACCAAUUCCAUGUUUGGGACAGGAUCACAUUUCGUAAAAGACUAGUUUCAUA